GAUCGCGGAUAUCAUCAGUGUGUACGUGUUUUGAAAACCCACAAAGAAGAAUUAUUGUUGUGAACAGUGAUAGGCUUUCUAGUACUAACGCCAACCUACUACGAUACGAGUGGCAGCAAUGCCGUUUUCGCGGCUGUACAAGUACAAGGACGUGAUAACCAGAACACGCAAUUUGGUGAAAGGUGGCAUCUAUGUGCAGGGGACGCAGCCCAAGUGGCUGGCCGUCGCCAUGCGGUUCCCGCCGCAUCGGCUGCCCGAGCGCUACAACUACAGGUUUCAGCCGCAGCUUGGCCUGCUGAUCUACCCCGAAGACGAGCUGCGAAAGCUCUUUUACACGACCUAUGAUUUCCGCACUCAACCCCUAACGCUAUUCGGCAAUGAGGAGAAGACCAAGCCAAUGCAGCUGUGUGACCGCUAUGUCAAGCUGCAGAUGCAGGUGAUGGAGGAGCAGGCUCUGACGGCCGUGGACUCGCAGAAAAUCGUCGAGGAGCUGAUGGCCGAGAGUGGGGAGGCGCUGCCACGACUGGAUCAAACAGACGAAUACCAGCGCUGACCAGAGGAAUUAUGUACUCUUGCUGCUAUUGAACCUCGUUGAGAGCUGGAACCCUAGUGGUCCAGGCCAGACCUAGUAAAUUAUUUGCUCAUGCUAUCGCUAAAUUUGUGCGCGCUGAAGUAUGUUAGGCUGAGUAUUGCUUGUGAUGCGGCUGAUUUACGUGUUACCGUAAAGCGGGCACGUUUUCACGCAAGCUUUAAUUUCACGAGCUCAAUGAUCGGGAACAAGAAUUUUCGACCAGAUGCGAUGACAUCACAUGAUAUGCCUCACGCCACAAUCAUCACAUUUGCCUAACUUGUUUGGCACAAACAAGCCUGCCAUUUGAGAUCGCAAGCAGAAAACAUCACACAAUGGUCCUGCUUUACAGUGUCAGUGUGUCUUGAUGAAGGCAAGAUGACAGCAACACUUAUACAAUCAUGUACUACAUGUGCAUGCCAGUAUCUUGUGUGCCUGUGUAGUGAUCAUAUCCAUAAUGUCUUGAUGAAGGCAAGAUGACACCAACACUUAUACAAUCAUGUGCAUGUACAUGCCAGUAUCUUGUGCAUGUGGCUGUGUAGUGAUCAUAUAAUUAUGUCUUGAUGAAGGCAAGAAUAGAUGAUGCCAACACAGAA